GUCAUUAUACACGCAUUUGCUAUUCUUCAAACUCCCUGGCCUUCGGAAUUCCCCGGAAGGGCUCGCUCACAGCCCCCUGCAGACGCGCUGCCGCCGCCGUUCGAAGGAAGCCUCCCCAUUGGCUACGCCCCGCGCGGUGAUUCAGGCGGCCGUGUCUGCCACUGCUGCGCUGCCGUCUCCGGCGGUAUUCCCUUCAGUCCGUGUAGCGGCGUCGCGGUGGAAGGAUCUAGCGUGCCAAUAGAAGCUCCGAGCGGAACCGCGAUGUGGAAGCAGGCGUACCAGAAGGUGAAGCAGCAACAGCGGGAGGGCAGGGCGGCUGCCGGGCCCAGUGAUGGCAGGCUGCAGUCUUUGGAGUGCGACUUCUUCGACAAGUUGGGGGAGCUGAUGCAGAAGCACGCGGAGGAGCACCGCCUGCGAGGAGCGGCGUCGCUCGAGGCGGCGAGCGACGGCGUCGAGGACGGGGAGGACGGCGAGGGCGGGGGCGUGGUCCCGAGGAUUGAAGUUUUGUAUGUAGAAGUCUUGCACACAAUCUUGCAUACCGUUGGAUGCAGUGUCAAUGGAGAAAAUGACAGAGCUUUACUAUUUAAUUACCUUCAGGCUGCUUUUAAGUUUGAUGAUGACAAGCAUAAUAAGCUAAUGGAUCAAGCAAGAAAUAAAGAGGCCCCAAACAUUCUUUUACAUGUAGAAGUCAUUGAAGCUACAGAUAUUGUCCCAAUGGAUGCUGAUGGUCUCAGUGACACCUUUUGUACGGUUUACCUUACUUCUUCUGAGGAGCAGCAAUACCAUACUACUGUAAAAAUGUCUACAUUGUGUCCUGAAUGGAAUGAACACUUUUGUUUGGACUUUGAUCCUGCUGAAACGGUCCAGGAGAAGGUGAUGAAAGUGGGUGUAGUGAAAGGCAUAAAAGGCUGGGGAAAAUUUGUGAGAGAAUUUGGAGCAACAGGGAAAAUUGAAAAUGAAUUCAUUGGAAGUUGUGUUUUACCUUUGAAUAGAAUUAAUGCUUCAGGUGAAGUACAUUGGUGUGAUUUAGAAAAGAAAGGCAAGACAGACAAGAGAGGCAGAGUGAAGGUAAAACUUGCUUUCAGCACCCAGAAGAGCAAAGAAGCAGCUUUCAAAGAUCACAGAAACCUGCUUCGUUUAUUACUUUUACAUGAACUGGAGACAACUGAGGCAGAACCAUAUUCUUGGAAUGGUGAGUUUGUUACUUCUGCAGAAACAAUUUUGACUCAGCACUUGUUGCAAAGCGGACUUCCUCCAAUAAUGGAUACGUUAGUUAAGUGGGUUGAAUAUUGCAAUGUUCAUGAAGAUAAUCCUCUUAGCUUUGAGGUAUUUUCUGAACUUUUGGAGAAACUUCUCCCUCCUCUGCAAAGCAGUAUGUUCGAUAGGGAAAAGGAAAUAUUAUUUUGGGAAGCUGCAAAAUCACUAAUCCCAUCAUGCUUUAAUGGAAUUAAGAGACUCCAUCUAGUUCUUUCUUACUUGAGAUGUGUACAUUUACCAGAAGGAUUUGAAUUAUUCCCAUCUUCCAUGUAUGGAUGGUUUUUGCCAUUAGAAGAUAAUAUAAACUGUGAUGUGGCUGCUGCCACAAAAUGUGCAAUAGUUAAAGGGACAGAAGAAUGGUACAAUGACAUUAUUGAAAAUAAUAUUAACACUAAUAAUUCCUCCAGAGAAAUAAGACUGAAUCACAUAAUUACGAUAAUUAAAAAUGCUAUGAAAAAUCUUCACCUUGCAACUGACGUUUAUGAUAAAAUAUUUCAAGAGACAUUACAAUUGGCAUAUGCAAUGACUCUCUUUUCUGCACAUGGGAACAAGAUUUCAGAGUUAGUGGAGCCUGCCAUAGAGGAAGUUUACCAAGUUUUAAAACCAGUGAAAUUUAAUGAUGAGUCAUCAGCAGAGGGAAGUGAAGAUGAUGUUCUUGGAUAUGGAAUGCAACUGUUUGACCUCUAUUUAACGCUCCAGAGAUUUGUGGUUUCAGGUUCUGGGAUAAGUUCUGAAGAAACGAAAAAACAUAGAUUAUCAGAAUAUCAUCGUUGGUUUCAUCGAAGUGUAGCUCAAUGGCUAGACAUUGCUUUAUGGAAGACAUUAAAAAGAAUACAGAAAGCAGUUGAAUUAGAUAACCUAGUACCUGUGAGUGAUUCUGUCAAACAUAGUUCCUCAGCAAUAGAUACACUUGGCAUUUUCAAUCAGAUAAAAAUAUUUUGGCAGCAGUUAGCGUGGCCAGAUGUGGAAGGAUCUUAUGUUUUUGUAGCUAAAAUUAUAGACGAUAUAUGUCACUGCUCGGUUUACUAUGCAAACAUCAUGAGUCAAAGAAUAGAACAACUUUCAUGCUCUGGCAGUAAUUCAAAAAAUAAAUUUUUAGUCUCCAAAGAAUGGUGUCGAGCAAUUAACAAUAUAGAAUAUAUUUGGCGUUCUAUUGAACCUUUUGUGAGUGAACUUGGAAUGAAUGAUGUUCUGAGUAAACUUGCUAAUGUUAAAAGCUCUGCUGACACAGAACAAUGUAGACGUACUCUUGAACUAGUCAUUGACAAUGCAGUGGAAACUGUUGGUUCCAAAAUCACAGAACUUUUAGAUACACUGACUAAGAAGAUGAUUCCAGCAAUUCACACACUUUUGUUGGAAGGAUUAGAAAUGUUGCAUAAAGGAGAUAAAUAUAUAGAUAAUUUAAUGCUGUAUCUUGACAAGAAUUUGACGAUUUUGCAUUCAGAACUCGAUACUGAAAUUUUCCAGCAAGUUUUGUUGAUAAUGUGGGAGCAUGUUGUUACAAUUAUUUUUGGAAUAGUAGAAAAGAGUUUAGAGGAAAAAAGAUCUCGUUCAUACUUCAGUAAUCUUCAAAGAGCAUUGGACAUAUUAUUAGGCUUCUUUGGGGGUGGUGCUGAGGGAAGACAAAUAGGUGAAACAAAAGCUGUAAAAGAAGUACAGAAAUUAUUGGCGCUCCAUAGUAUGGAUACUUCACAACUAAUACACAAGUUUUAUCUUGAACGCUUAGAGGAACAAAAAGCAAUGCAAAAUUCUCCUCUUGGCAUCAUUACCAUUUUUGCUGAAUUUGGUGAAAAUAUAUUGAAAAUAGAAAUCCUCAGUGGUCGCAAUAUUCAUCCUAUGGAUUCAAAUGGUUCGUGUGAUCCAUAUGUUGAAAUUGCUUUAUUACCUGCAGAAAAAUUUAUUGGAGUACCCAAACAAAAAACAAAAACUCAGAAAAAAACGCUUUUCCCCCUGUUUGAUGAAUCCUUUUCAUUUGAACUGACUCGUGAUCAAAGGGAGACAAAAGAUGGAAUGGUGCUAUUUACUGUGAAAGAUAAAGAUAUGUUGGGAAAUGAAUUAGUUGGAGAAGCUUUUAUUUCCUUUGACCAAAUAGAAAGCGAUGGUAAAAAUGAAAAUCAAGAUUUGCAACAAAUUCACCUAAAUCUCAGCAUACCAAAGAACCUUGAUUCUCAAGUGUCAAGAACUUUAGAGGUGCGUCAAGGAGAUAAAUUAGCCAAAGAGUUCAUGAAGAAGCAAAAAGCAAAAGCAAGUGCACAUUAAAGAAGAAUAAAAGAAUAGUUUUAAAUUAACACUGGUGUAAAAAGAAACUAUAAAGAAAAAGGAACUGUACAAAUUUUGUAAUUUCAAUGUAUAUAUUCUUUACCAAAAAUUUUAAUAAAAAAUAUUGUUUAAAUUGGAAAAA